AUGGCUACCCCUAGUGUCCUCGCUUUUAACGCUGAGGGUCGAGCCAUUGACUUUGAGGUCUGGGUCGACGACCUGCAGCUUUUCUUACAGUGCGAUAGGGCGGACGGUCUUUCUCUCUUUGACCUCACCUCUGGCGCCUCUCCUGCCCCUGCUGCUGAUGCUGACCCCACUGUUCGGUCUCAGUGGGCCACCCGCAAUGCUGCUGCACGUCUUGUUGUGCAUCGCCACCUGCCUACCACUGAGCGCGCGCACUUUAGUCAGUACAAGAGUGCUCACACCUUGUACGACGCUGUAGUUGCGCGCUACUCUUCCCCUGCCACUGCUGCACUGAGCCGCCUUAUGCUACCGUUCCUUUUCCCUGACCUUGCUGCCUUUCCCACAGUCACUGACCUCCUUACGCACCUCCGCACUAGUAACACUCGCUACCGCGCCGCGCUUCCUGCUGAGUUCUGUGCCAAGAACCCCCCCCCCUUGUACAUCACUCUCUAUUACAUAGUCACCCGCCUCCCUGACUCCCUUCGCGUAGUCAGGGACCACUUCCUCUCAGUCUGUGCCACCACUCUCACUGUUGACCUCCUCGAGAAGGCCCUCCUAGCAGCGGAAAAGAGCAUAGUCGUUGUAGGAGCCUCUCGUGAUGACCCUCGCACCCCCAUCUUUGAGGGGUGUUCCCCUUCCCCCCUGUUGCCCUCUGUUGCCUCUGCUGUUGCGGCGGACCUUCUUCGUCUUGAGUCGGUCGGUGCGGGGUUUGCCCCUAGCGGGAGAUGCCGCUCUAGCAAGGGCAAGGGGGGCAAGGGCGCGGGUGGGACUGGAGGGGGCGGUGGAGGUGGCAGUGGAGGCGGCGAAGGGAGUGGGGGUGGCGGUGGGAGUGGUGGCGGAGGUGGUGGUGGUGGUGGCGGCAGCGGAGGCGGAGGCGGCGGAGGCGGUAGCGGUGGGAGCGGAGGCGGCGGAGGCCAUAGCGGUGGGAGCGGAGGCGGUGGCGGUGACGGGGGUGUAGGCGGUGGUGGCGGAGGAGGUGGAGCUGCAAUUCUUGAUCUUGACUUUGAUGCUAUCUUUGCUGCCAUUUAUGCUGUGACUAUUAGUGAUGAGGGUGACUGUUACCGGUGUUUCCCGCCUGACCCGGGCAUUGGUACUGCUGCGCUAGGUGCUAGUGAGGCUGCUGCUCUAGGUGCCGACGCGUCUGCGCUCUUAGGGGCUUCUCGCUCCUUCUUUCGAGACCGCACCACACUCACGCCGCUUGGUCGGCCGGUUGCAGUCUCCCUGGCAGACCCCUCUGGGGUUCCUGUACUCUCUCACUUCUCCACGGUCCUUCCGUGUCCGGCUGCCCCCUCUGGCACCUUGUCUAGUCUUUACCUCCCCUCGUUCUUGACAAACUUGGUGAGUGGUGCUGACCUGCAGGAUGCGGGGGUUCACCAGUUUACUCCUGCGAGUCAGCGGGUGACCCACUGCUCGGACGCCCGCACUGGCCGACACCUGGCCACGUUUUCACGUCGGCCGGGUUCGAGCCUCUACACCCUGACCACUGAGUCUCUUCCUGUCCCUGCGUCUGGCCAGGUAGCUGCGUCAGGUCAGGUGUUUGCUGCUGCGUCCAGGUCUGGUCCUGAGUCUGCCCCCUGCUCGUGUCGCCUCCUGUCUCAUGAGACUCUCCUGUGGCACCACCGUCUUGGCCACCCCUCCCUGCCUCGUCUUCGGGGCAUGGCUUCCCGUGUCCUUGUCUCUGGUCUUCCCCAGUCCCUCCCUCCCCUUCCUUCAGGGCCUGGUACUUCUUGUGUCCCCUGUGUCGAGGGGCACCUCCGGGCUGCCCCUCACUCCUCUCAGUUUCCCCCGACAGAGGCUCCACUGCAGACGCUUCACAUGGACGUGUGGGGCCCGGCCCGCGUCCGUGGACAGGGUCACGAGCGCUACUUCCUGCUGGUGGUUGACGACUACUCGCGUUACACCACAGUCUUCCCCUUGCCCAGCAAGGGUGAUGUCACUAAGGUGUUGCUCGACUGGAUCCGCGCAGCUCGUCUCCAGCUCAAGAGGAGCUUCGGCUCGGACUUUCCUGUUCUGCGUCUGCACUCUGACCGAGGUGGAGAGUUCUCCUCUGGCCUUCUGCGAGCCUACUAUCGUGAACGAGGCAUCCGCCACACCUUUACGCUUCCGGACUCUCCACAGCAAAAUGGGAUUGCUGAGCGCCGCAUUGGCAUGGUCAUGGACGUCGCUCGUACGUCCAUGAUGCAUGCGGCUGCCCCCCAUUUUCUGAGGCCGUUUGCGGUUCGGUACGCGGCGCAUCAGAUCAACCUUCACCCUAGGGUCUCCCGACCGGAGACCUCCCCAGCUCUACUGUGGACGGGGAACGUCGGCGAUGCGUCUGCGUUCCGUGUCUGGGGAUCUCGGGCGUUUGUCCGUGACUUGUCUGCGGACAAGCUGUCCCCUCGUGCUGCUCCCUGUGUCUUCCUUGGCUUCCCCCCUAACGCACCAGGGUGGCAGUUCUACCACCCCUCCUCUCGUCGUGUUCUGUCCUCCCAGGACGUCACGUUCGACGAGUCAGUCCCCUUCUACCGCCUCUUCCCCUACCGCACUCCUUCUCUCCCCCCUCCACCACACUUUCUUGUGCCAGGUCCCCUCCCGGUAGACCCCCUUCCCCCUCAGGGUCCUGCCCCUUCAGGUGUGUCCCAGGUAGACGAAGUCGAGCCGGUCGAGGUUGCUGGUGACUCUAGUACUGCUGCGGGUGCUGAGCCUGGGGGUGCUGACUCUGGGGGUGCUGCGCGCGUGGGUACUGAGCCUGGGGGUGCUGAGUCUUGGGGUACUGCGAUUGGGGGUGCUGAGCCUAGGGGUACUGCGACUGGGGGUGCUGAGCCUGGGGGUGCUGAGCCUGGGGGUGCUGAGCCUGGGGGUACUACGACUGGGGGUGCUGAGCCAAGGGGUGCUGAGCCUGGCGGUGCUGCGUCUGGAGCUGCUGAGCCUGGAGGUGCAAAGCCUGCGGCCGCUAGACCUAUCCUUGUGGUAUCUGGCGGAGCUGGGCCUGGAGGUUCUUCUGGUGCUUCGUCUCGGCGGGAGCCGCUCUCUCUACAGGAGCUGCGCGAGUGGUUUGCUCGCCGCUGGAGGCGUACUACUGGAGCUGGAGCUUCUUCGGCCGCCGGUCCCGGAGCUACUGGGCCUGCGGGUCCGCCUGGAGCUGGAGCUGCUGAGGGUGUUGGUUCUGCGACUACUACUGUCCGUCCUGGCGGUGGUCCUGCUGCGGGUGCUGCUGGUGCUACUGGAGGUCCUGCCGCUGGAGGUGCUGUUGGCGCUGGUGCUGCCGGAGGUGCUGAGGGUGCUGGUGCUGUCCCUGAUGUGUCUGGAGCCGCCGCGCGGCCUUGGCCAUACUUUGCUCCGCUCCUUCAGCAGGUUCUUGCUCCUUCUCCUCCUGUAGAGUGUCCACCGCCUGUCCAGUCACAGUCACAGUUAGAGCCCGCCUCCCCACUGCCUGCUCCCUCUCCUUACACUAGUCCUACUGGAGGUCUUACUGAGCGUCGUGAGCCUGCGUCUCGUCCCGCGUCGCCUGUUCGUUCUUCUCUCGCUAGUGGUCGUGGUUCGCGUCAGCGUCCUCCUCCUGUCCCUGGCAUGCACCGGAUGUCUCUGCGUCCGUCCACUGCUCCUCUGCGUGCCCCUUUGCCUUCUCCUCCUGAGUCCUCUCUUCCUGCGCUUGCCGACCCGGAGUGGAACUCCCUUCGUGCUGCCAGUCCUACUGUCACGCGUCUCCUUGCCACUGUCGUCACUGACCCCUCUUUUGAGUCCACUGCUGCGUCUGCUCUUGUUGCUAAGCUCGUCGACUUUGCUGCUCGCUUUCGUCUCGACUACGCUACUAGUCUUGUUGCUGAGUCUGCGUCUGUCUGUCCUCCGUCCGUCGGGGGUGAGUGUGCUCUUGGCACGGACGUCCUUAAGGACAGGCAGGAGGAGUUCCAGUGUCUGGCUACUGCAUCACCUCAUCUCGCGUUCGUACUACUUGCCCCUGAGGGAGACCCGGAUGCACUAAACAUCCCGACUCCGCGCUCUUACGCGGAGGCCGUAGAGGGUCCCUACUCCUCUCAGUGGAAGGGAGCUAUGGAUGCAGAGAUGGCUUCCUGGAAGUCCACAGGCACCUACGUUGACUCGGUUCCCCCUCCUGGGGCGAACAUCGUCAGUGGCAUGUGGAUCUUCAGGGUGAAGCGGCCGCCGGGCUCUCUACCUGUCUUCAAGGCGCAGUACAUCGCUCGUGGCCUCAGUCAGCGGCAGGGAGUUGACUACUUUCAGACCUUCUCUCCCACCCCGAAGAUGACCACUCUUCAGGCACCGCGUGAGUGGCACGACACACUGAGGACUACGCUUGCGGCUCUUGGGUUUGCUCCCUCUACUGCUGACCCGUCGUUGUUUCUGUGCACCGACACUUCUCUGCCGCCGUUCUACAUCCUCGUGUACGUCGACGACUUGGUCUUUGCCACUGCUGACACUGCUGGACUCGCCUACGUGAAGUCCGAGCUGCAGAAGAGACACACGUGCACAGACCUGGGUGAACUGCGCAGCUACCUUGGCUUGCAGAUCACUCGGGACAGAGCACGCCGCACCAUUACCAUUCUUGCACGCUAUGUUGCUCCUAGGAGACACCGACCAGAGCACAUGGCUGCUGCGAAGAGGGUGUUGCGCUACUUGUGCAGUACGUCGGGCAUGGGGCUAGUGCUUGGAGGGCGGAGUCCAGUGGUCCUCACUGGGCACGCGGACGCUUCUUGGGCUGACGACCAGGCUACUCAGCGGUCGUCACAGGGUUACACCUUGAGUCUUGGCUCCGGCUCUGUUUCGUGGCGGGCUACUGGCUCGUCUUCUGUUCUCGGCUCCAGUUGUCAGGCUGAGAUCUACGCCGGGGCCAUGGCUGCUCAGGAGCUUCGCUGGCUCACCUACCUGCUGAGUGACCUUGGAGAGCCGCCUCGUUCUCCUCCAGUGCUGUACGUAGACAACAAGGCCAUGCUGACCUUUUGUCGAGAGCAGCGCGUGGAGCACAGAACGAAGCAUAUUGCUCUCCGCUACUUUCUUGCUCGUGAGCUGCAGCAGCGUGGUCAGUUGCGACUUGCGUACGUGGCCUCUGAGGCCAACACUGCUGAUGUUUUCACCAAGGCACUUCCGCCUUGUGAUCAUCAGCGCUUCUGCACUCAGCUGGGACUUGUACCUGUCUUACCUCACUUGCUCACCUCUUGA